AUGCCAACCGAACCUGACCCGGGGGUACAGGUCCGCCUUUCUAAAGCCUGGCUAGCCAGCUGCAGCCCGCAUGGGGAGAAGAGAAUGCAGGGACCCACACACACACCCUGUAUAUGGAUGGGACAUCUGUACAAGCCCUCAUGGACUCAUGGGAGCACUGUCACCCUGGCCCAUCCUUCAGAUUUCCCCUGGCUCCAGCCCUCCUGUGAACAGCUUCCAGUGUCCUGUGUACACGGGGAUGUGUGCCACUUUCCCACGGCCAGGGGUGAGAUUAUCCCUGUAAGCUGUAAGCUCAACUCUGCGGAGCAACACUGUGCCGCCCUGGAACGUGAAGCUCUUGCCAUCAAACGGGCCAUCGAUGAGUUCUUACCGAGGUUCAUAGACGACUUCAUGGAGAAUGAAAUAGAAUCUUCAAUUAAUAUUACAUACUUAACUCUAGAAGGGCAUAUAGAGUUGGAGAAAUACAGAUAUGUUUACUUUGUGAUUACUCUGAUGGUCUAUUUAUUUAUUAUUUUUGUUAAUGUUGUUGUUAUUUCUGUCAUAUAUAGAAACAAACGUCUUCAUGAGCCAAUGUACAUUUUCAUUGCUGCUUUACUUUUUAAUGCUCUUGUUGGAACAGCUGCUCUUUACCCUAAACUGCUGAAGGAUUUUCUAUCUGAAACGCAGGUUAUCUCUUACGAGGCCUGUACAUUUCAGUCCUUUUUUAUUUACACAUAUGCUGCCUCAGAGUUCACACUGUUAUCAGCUAUGGCCUAUGACAGAUAUGUGUCCAUAUGUAAACCAUUACAAUACGCAACUCUUAUAAAAAUAUCCACUGUUAAAAAGCUAAUAUUUUUCUCUUGGUUUGUGCCCUCAUUGGAAAUGGGUAUUGGGUUGAUACUAACAUGUCAGCUGAAGUUGUGCAAAUUUAAAUUAAACAGAAUAUACUGUAAUAAUAAUGGACUUCUUAAACUGAGUUGUGGAGACACAACUGCAAGAAAUUCUUAUGGACUGUUUGUUUUAGGCGUUGCUGUAUUUCCACCCACAAUCUUUAUCGCCUUUUCAUAUGUUAGAAUACUUCAUGUCUGUUUAAAGAACUCAAAAGAGUUCAGAAGAAAAGCUCUAAAUACCUGCAUGCCACACCUUUUGAUUUUUAUCAGUGUCAGCACUACAUGCUGUUUUGAAGUUAUCAAUAGCAGAAUAGAAGCAAAUAUACCUCAUAUUGUUUCCAUGAUAAUGUCAGUUGAAAAUGCAGUCAUUCCUCCUGUAAUAAACCCUAUUAUAUAUGGACUGAAGCUGCAGGAGAUUUGGAAUAAGAUCAAGAAGAUGAUUUGGAAAAGAAAAACACAUAUAUUAUUUUAAAUGUACAUGAUUUCAGAAUCCUGUUAAUUGUAUAUCUGAGCCUUAAAAAGACAGAUCUACUUUCAUUCAUCACCUGUAGUUUUUCUUGCUUUUCAAUACAUUGAAAACAUCACUGUAGAAGAUAUUAGCCUAUAGUAUCAAUAUGAAUUAAAGAUAGAAUCUACUUUAAGUAGAGCAUUUUA